UUUUCCCGUUUCCCUCUUUCUGCGUUUCUUUGCGUCACUUACUGAAUUCGCACCUCGUAGCCGGUGCUGCCGGUUGGCCGUUUUCAUUUGCGCAUCUUCGCAGAGCCGGCCUCUUUUUCCCUCUCGGCGUCUGAAGAAGAAGGCUGGCGAUCAAAAGUGAGGAAGUGUGUGCCUUGCAGCAAUGUCAGGGGAUGCAGCUCCAGGACUGGAGCAGGUAAACAGCAACGGUUUCAACCAAGAAAAACCUUCAAAUCAACGAUUCUCAGAGAAAAAGUGCUCAUGGGCCUCUUAUAUGACCAAUUCCCCUACUCUGAUUGUAAUGAUUGGCCUCCCUGCAAGAGGCAAGACCUACGUGUCCAAGAAAUUAACUCGCUACCUCAACUGGAUUGGAGUGCCUACAAAAGUAUUUAACUUAGGAGUCUACCGCCGUGAAGCAGUACAAUCGUACAAGUCCUAUGAUUUCUUCAGGCAUGAUAAUGAAGAAGCCAUGAGGAUUCGAAAACAAUGUGCCUUGGUGGCCCUUGAAGAUGUGAAAGUUUAUCUCAUGGAGGAGUCUGGCCAGAUAGCUGUCUUUGAUGGAACUAACACAACUCGGGAGAGGCGGGACAUGAUUUUGACCUUUGCUAAAGAAAAUUCUUUUAAGGUAUUUUUUGUGGAGUCUGUCUGUGAUGAUCCAGAGGUCAUUGCUGCCAAUAUAUUGGAAGUGAAGGUUUCCAGCCCUGACUACCCAGAGAGAAACCGAGAGAAUGUGAUGGAUGAUUUCCUAAAGCGAAUAGAAUGCUAUAAAGUCACCUAUCAGCCUCUUGAUCCAGUUAAUUAUGACAAAGACCGUUCUUUCAUUAAAGUGAUCAACGUAGGGCAGCGUUUCCAUGUCAACAGAGUCCAAGAUUACAUCCAAAGUAAAAUUGUCUAUUACCUUAUGAAUAUCCAUGUUCAGCCACGCACCAUCUAUCUCUGUAGACAUGGUGAGAGUGAGUGCAACCUGGCUAGCAAGAUUGGUGGGGAUUCAGGCCUGUCAGCGCGAGGGAAGCAGUUUGCACAAGCAUUGAAAAAGUUCAUCAAGGAGCAGGAGAUUGUGGAUCUGAAGGUCUGGACUAGCCAGUUGAAAAGAACUAUCCAGACAGCAGAGGCCCUGAGUGUCCCAUAUGAGCAGUGGAAGAUAUUGAACGAGAUUGAUGCUGGAGUAUGUGAAGAAAUGACCUAUGAAGGAAUUCAGAGGAAGUAUCCAGAAGAAUUUGCACUUCGGGAUCAAGAUAAAUACCUUUAUCGCUACCCUGGAGGAGAAUCUUACCAAGAUUUGGUCCAGCGCUUGGAACCUGUGAUUAUGGAGCUAGAGCGUCAGGGCAAUGUUCUAGUUAUUUCUCAUCAAGCAGUUAUGAGAUGCUUACUGGCCUAUUUCCUUGAUAAGAGUGCAGAUGAGCUGCCCUACCUGAGGUGCCCUCUUCAUACCAUCCUUAAACUCACACCAGUUGCUUAUGGCUGUAAAUUGGAAGUGAUUUCCCUGAAUGUGGAAGCUGUGGACACACACCGGGACAAGCCACCCACAACAAACAACCUUCCCAAGAGCCAAACCCCUGUAAGGAUGAGAAGGAACAGCUUUACACCACUAGCCAGUCCGGACACACUAAAACGUCCUCGCAAUUACAGUGUUGGGAGCCGGCCUCUCAAUCCGGCAGGCUCUCUUCUGUUCCGGGAGGCUCGAGACGGGGCUGAUCAACAAAAGCUGCAAGACAGUGUUCAGCUUCAAGUGGGAAGGGCUUGCCUGGAGAAAUCAGACGCAAUCAUCUGUGAGCCCCUGGUCUCGCUACCACCAAGUGAGAUUGUCCCAUGAAGGAGGCAUUUGCUGCAAACCUGCACAGAAUGGCCAGUCUCUUAAAUUUUCUUCCCCUUCCAUUGCUCUGCAACUAUGCUGGUCUGCAUUCCCCUGUGCAGCAUUACUAAAUGUAACUGUGGCAAGUCUCUCUUUGAUAUCUUAGCUUUUUCCAUUUUGUGUGUGGACCUCACCUGUAUUAAUAUUUGUAAAUCUGUGGCUAUUUUUGUAACAUUCCCCAAUAGCUGUGAUUGUCCUGUACAAUUGUGUGUGUGGAAGAGAGAGAGAGAGAGAGAGAGGUUGUGUAUUUCUGUGUGUGGUAUUUUUGCUUUGUGGAGUUAGAUUUCUGCCCUGCAUGUAAUGGUGAUUGUGACAGCUGCCUUGCAACACAUGUGGGAGUCGCUUUUCCUUGCCAUUUAUGAAAUGCAUUUUUUCCUAGAAACCACAAUCCAUUUGUAGCCCCUUGCUGCUUUAUGGGGGUGAUUUAAUAAUAGAGAUAAAAAAAAUUUGUUAAAUACUUGCUGCAUAUUAGGAAAUAGAUGCAGGGAUAUGUGAUUCAGGGUCUGGAAUGCACUUUCGAUACUUGGCACUGUUCCCGUACUUUGCCUUAAUGGGAACACUCCCAAAGAAGUCUGAAGAUUAUUUGCCUGCACAAUGUGCUUUAUUGUUUGCUGGAAAUGUUUCAGUUUUGUCCCUGGCUGUCCUGGGAACCUUUUCAUAGGGUUCCCUUACCCCAGUGCUUGCAUUUUCCCAUAACUGCAAUCUUGUUGGUGUAUGUUUUGUAAAAUAAUAAUAGUAAUAAUAAUCUUGAUAAAGGCUACAUUUGUGAACUUUCAAUUAUCCACCCCCUGAUAAACUUGAUUCACUUUGCUGGGGGGAAAGGGAAGGCAACAGGGUGGGUCUCCUUGGUUCAAGGUUUGUGAAAUGCAGCCAGGUUUUGAUGAAUGACUGAAUAUUUUAAAUUGGAAAUUUGUUCCAUUAUUUUUAAAAGGCUUGAUUAGUAAAGGAAUAAGAGGGUGGGGCAGUGUUGAGGAAAAAUGAGAGCAUGAGACUUCUGCCCAGACCAGCCACAUAAAGUAAGGAUGGGCUAGCUGUAAUCCAUCAGAAUGUUACUGGAUUUCAGCUCCUAUAACCCCUGGUCCUGCUGGCUCUGAGACUGAUGGGAGUUGGAGUAAAAAAAACCACAGGUUUUGUUUGCCUCCAGACUGUCAGUAUUUUGCAGGAGGGCUUCAAGCUCAUACUAAAGUUAGGUUUGCACAAUUAAAGUGGAUUAAAGUUGCCCUGAUGCAACAAAUCCACUUCUUAAAAAAAAAACCCAACCCCAAAGACUUUUCUGUGGUUAUAAUAAUGACAGUGGAUGUAUCCUGGUUUCUGCUUCCUGAUACACAUUCAAGAUGCAUAGAUGUGCUUUCAUCCACUGUACCUGCCUUUUACAGUUUUAAGCACUUGGAAAAAGACAGAACCACUAAAAUAGUGAUGAAACUCUCCUAGAAAGAAAGAAUUAGUGGGCUGCAUACUUGAAUGAUGGUCACUUUCAGAGUAAGCCCUCAGAAUAAAUUAUAUUGUCCAAAUACACAAGCCUAUAAUUACAUAGUAGACAUCUAAAACAUACAAUUCCUGUUAUGGUAGAUCUAAACAAAGCCAUUUAGAGCCUUGGGACAGCCCACACUAAUCUUAGCCUAAGAGGCAAAGGUAGGAUUGCCAUAUUUCAAAAAGUGACACAAAAUUGUUGAAAUCUCAUAACAAAAAAAGUUAAAACUUACUUAGAAAACUAAACUUCCAAUAUGCAUACAGAUUUUCCAAGACAUUUCUGCAUUUUCUGUCUGGACACAGUUUCAAACAGCCAAAUCACGGCUGUGUCAGGGAAAUUCAGGACAUAUGGCAACUGCAGGCAUAGGUGAGGAGAUUUAUAUAUUACAUUUUGAUGUAUACUGUUAACUUUUAAACCACCACCCUUUAAGGAAUUCCUCAGUAAAAGUACUAGACUGUAUCUUGAUGGCUUUUGCAGGGAGAUCGCCACGAAUUGCCACCUUACAGUUUACCCAGUCACAGAUGCUUCAUAUGGAACCUAUUACCAUACUUAUUAUUAGUUGUAUUUAUUAAAUUUGUUAGUUGCUUUAUCUUGCCCAGGGCAACACAAAGCAACUUAGAAACAAACAGACAAUAAACUCCACAUAGAUACAUUAAUACAAAGAGUGGUGGGAAUACAUUAAAAACAUUUCUAAAAGGCCACAGAUGGUAAAAGGCCAAUAGCCUGGUUAGAGAGAAACGUUUUUGCUUCUCACCAAAAGAUAAAUAAUGAUGGCACCAGGCAAGCCUCCCUGGGGAGAGCAUUCCACAAAUGGGGAGCCACUGCAGAAAAGGCUCGUUCUCAUGUUGCUACCCUCUGGGCCAAAGAAAGACCUAAGAUGAUAAGUGCAGGGUUCGGGUCAGUUCAUAUGGGGAAAGGCGGUCCUUGAGGUAUUGCUGUCCUGAGUCAUUUAAGGCUUUAUAAGUCCAAACCAGCACUUUGAAUUGGGUAGCUGGAUGUAAUGCUGUCGUCACAGUUUUGCAUGCUUAAUUCCAAAUUAAUUAAGCCCUGUAUAACAUAUCUUGGUUUUGCUUUUGGAGGCAAAAACGCAUUAGCCUGCUCAUUUUAGGCUAAUGAACACAUAAAGGAAGUAAAAGAGUGUGGGGAGCAUAUUCUUUGUGAAUCUGAGCCAAGACAUCCACACUUGCACCAUUUUUUACUCCUAGUGCUGUACAUUCAAUUGCUGUUGUCUGUAGCUGAGUGGGCUUAAAUUAUUCUUUUUACUGGUAGCUCAUCAUACAAAGCCAGUUUUCAUGUAGAAGUUACAAAUGGAAAGGUAACUAGUUGCUAGUACUGAAACACCAUGUUCAGAAUGGACUGGCAGGGGUGUUAUGAAUGGCAUUCUAUCGUCAUUUAAGACAAAGCUGUAGCAAAACCAAUAUAAGCAUGCAUUGUGGUUUUUCUGGUUUUUCCUGAGCAGUUAUCUCAACACUAAUGCAAGCUGACCAGGCAUAGAAGCAGUUUGUGCACAGACACACAAAAGAUACUCAGACUACUGUUUCAGCUAACUCCCAACUUUGAGAGAUGACCUCAAAAAUGAUAAUGUAGUUUAGCAUCUUAUCUAGGACUUUAUUCUGUAUUGCCCUUACAGAGCAACCCCAACCCAGGGUCACCCAGGCCUGGGGGCAUUCGGAGUGUCAGAGCUACUACUGCAUUCAAAGCCACUGCACUCAAAGCUCCUACCAGUCAGGACAGGGGAGAGAUCAACUUUUUUAAAAAGGAGCACCACCAGCACAAGCCUGCACCUUUGGCAGGCACAGUGAGGUCUUAUGUGGUGGCAGAGCCUCCCUGCCAUCACCAGAGCCUGAUGGAGGGACACCUCUGGCAUCCUAAUCACCUCUAGUUCUAUGGAUCAGGGCUUAGAAUUGCUCCCUUAAUCUAGUAGUUCAUAUGCUAGACUUCAGCAGUUUUAGUCUGCAACAUAGGACCCAAGAUUAAUUCUUUUUAAAAUCCUAUGUGAUAGUGACAUGGUUCACACAACAUGGUAACUUGAACUUCGUUGUGGUAAGACCACAUAAAUGUGCAGGCUCCCGGAGAGACAAAAACUGCUCUUCCCCAGUUUUUUUGAAUACUGUACAGCUCAUAGCUAAAGCACAUGGUUAUUGGGGUGAGAGCUUAACCACUUGAAAAUCAAGGCUCUAGAAGACAGUAGAGACAAUUUUAUGACUAGGUUGGUUAAGUUGGGUUCUCCAUCAGUCUGCACACCCAAGCCAAAACACAUUAGACUUCAAUUAGUUCAUUUCAGCAAAUUCAUUUCCUAGCAUGUUUGGACAUCUCUUUCCCCCCUGUAGUCUCUCUCUCUCUCUCUCUUUUUAAUAUAUAUCUUUAUUGCUCUUUCUUUCAAAAAUUUACAAAAAACAAGAAAAAAGGAAUACUGUAUAUAAAAUUCAAUAGCAAUUAAAAAAAUCUAUACAUCAAAUAUACUAUAUUAAACAUCAAAAAAGAAAAAUAUCUAAAGAAAGAAUAAUUACAAACAAUAGAAAAAACCCCUACCAACCCUCCACCCCCUCCACCCUGUGAUGACUUCCAGCCUUUUCUCUGUUUCAGUUUCUGUAACCAAAUUCCUUUGUAUACCUAUUUGCAUGUUUCAUUUUAUUUUUAUUUACUUUCAUCAUACCUUCAUCUGUCUGCUAAGAUAUCAGCUUUCUCCACAAAAUUUGCUAAAUAUUAUUGGAACUUUUUCCAAUCUUUAUCAAUUUUCUGUUCUGAUAUCCCCUUAAUUCCCCCUGUUUUCCUCGUCCAAUUUUGAUAUCUUAUCAUUUUGAUUUGCCAAUCUUCUAUUCUAGGUAUUAAAUCACUUUCCCAAUUUUUAAUGAUAAGAAGUCUGGCGGCUGCAGUUGCAUACAUUACUACACAUCUAUCUUUUUCCUUAAUUCCAUCACUUAGCAUUCCUAACAGAAAUAUAAAUUGUACACCAAAUUAUGACCUGAAAGAAAAUAUAAUUAAAAUGCAAUACAGAUGGUAUCUGACCCCGGCGAAAUUGGCAACAAUAUAUAACUGUAGUCUCUUUCUCAGAGAUCUCUGGUGGUUCUUUAAACAUUUAUUGGAAGUAUGGAUUUAGGAGUAAGUUUGAUUUCUUUUUAUUUUUGAUUUAUUCUUUAUUUGAUAAUUUGUAGUCAGCAAUUUCAGAGGUGAAUCACCGCCCUGUGUUUCUUAGGACAAAUGAAUGUGUUUCAUUUUAGAGGGCAAUGUGCCUUGUUUUCCUUGGCUCUCUAAUGGUGAACAUGAAAUAAUAAUAAAUGUUUAUUUAUAUGUACACUGUAAGCAAUUUGACUUUUACCAAAGCUGCAAUAAUGCACAAGCUUAAAUAAUGAUCUCCUUUAUGUGUAAAUAUGAAUGUUUUGCAUAUGGUUAAAAGUAACUUUAUAAAGAUGGCAUCAGAGCACUGUGGAGGUCUCUCUCAGCACACACACACACACACGUAAUUCAUUUUGCCCAUCUGUUUCUUUUAUAAACCUCAAAAUUUUCCAAGUGCCAGAACAAGGAUGUUAUCACAUACAAGAUGACUUUUUGCUGCAACAACUUUGUUAUACAUUCAGUGGAAGUUUUUAAAAUUGUAUAAUUGAAGGCUAAUGCAUAUAGAACUGAUUUGCUGUGCAGUUUAUGGUUUUGAUACAUGUAUGCUAGCUUCCAUAGGCAGGAGUAACUGGAUAAUCAGGGAUGCAUUGCCUAUGCUGGCUCAAAUGCAGAAGGGCUCCAUUAUUACUGUAUUUCCCCAUCAUUCCAGAUUAUUAUUCACUAAGUGGGGACAUACAGAUGAGACCACUAUUACACUCCAUGGGAAUCCAAAUACUGGUACUAAUGCUGUUAAUUGUGGCUUAAAUUAAGACCAAGGCCUAGAACCAUUAUUAAGUUGCACUGCCCAGGAAACAACUCAAAUUUAGAGAUGCACCAUGGCAUUAUGGGGUGGUGCAUUUGUAACUAUAGCCAUAUUUAUGUUCAUGUUGUGUCGUGUGAAUGAAAGCACUCAGGUAGAUAAUAUUUUUCAUCCUAUAUAAUUAUAAAUUAAAAUACUGCAAUGUUUCAUUUCUCUACAUAAUAGUUUCAUUUAGGCAAAAAUUUGCUGCCCAAUUACCUAUGAGAGAUUUAUUAGAUCUUACAUCUCAAUCAUGUCUGCUCUAUAUGCAUAUCUUCUUGGUUUAUUUCAUUUAAUUUGCUGGUGUGUAUCUGUGCAAUUAUGCUAUGUGAAUGUAUACUUCUAAAAAGCAUCAAACUGCCAGUUGUUAACUUUCUGUGCAGAAAUAAGUAGAAGUCAUAAAACCAUCAGGGUGGUCCCCCCUCCCCCACAUAAAGGUUAGCAGUUUUAGACUGGAAGCCUGAGUAUCAGAAUUGUAAUGAGACAUCUUAAAUAAUUGUAUUAGCAUUGUGAACUUUCUUGUGGACCAUGUAAAUAAAAUUUCACCCACUGCAAACCACCAUGCUGCAAUGCUUUUCUUUUUCAUUACUUUGUGCUGGCACUCUUUUCAAAAAUCAGUAACAGUUUGUAAAGCUGGAGGCAAAAAUGCACUUUCUCAAUUGUGUGGAGCUCAGGCAGAUGUAAAGGGUAAGUGGCUGCUUUGCACAUCACGGCUGGAAUCCAAACACUCACAUCCAUGUGCAGGUGGAAAGCACUUGUAUGGGGAAGGACCAGCCAUCUGUGCCCCUUGGUGAUAGUGGUGGGGCUCCAAGAGGAGCUUCUUGGAGAGCAUUGUAAGGGGGAACUUGAAAUCACCGUGAUUUUUUGGAAGGUUGACCUCUGAACACUCUACAUAUUAUACAUACCUGUAUAAAUGUGGCAGAUAUGUUUGCAGAUGUUGUACAGUCAUCAGAGAGCUAUGAUUGGCCACAGCCACUUUCAGUUUUCAGACUGAAACUUAGCAUCUCCUAACCCUGGACAGGUCUUUGAUCCUUUAAAAGAGGUGUAUGAAAGGCAAUUCAGUCAAAAGAUAGUUUGUCCAAAAAAAAUAUAUUCUGAUGUGGACCAUACCCUAAAGCAGCCUUCCCCUAGCUUAGUGUCUUCCCACUAGUCCCAGCACAGGGUUGGAGAAGGCUGCCCUAGAAAUAAAAUUGCUUUUUGGUGUCAAGGCCUGAAAUACAAAAUAAGGUUUAAGGAACUAUUGAAUCAAGCAUUGUUUAUUCCUGUGUUCAUUUCAUCAAUGUCCAUUUUUAAAAAUGUGCCAGUGACAGGUCGCUUAAGCUCAACUUUGUGAGUAGUUGCAAGUAUUUAUAAAAAAUAAUCAUAUAUGACCAACUAUGAAUGCAUGAAAUACGUAUUAUAAAAAAGAAAUUUGCAGAUGAAGUUAUUGGACACCUCCACGAAAGUUGUCUUUGAGCAAGUUUUACUCAAAAGUAAAUCCAUCUGAUUUGAGUGGGGAUCUCUCAUAAAUGUGGUAUGGACUGCAGCUUUAAUUGGCUUGAAUGCACUUCAAAAUGCAAAAUUAACAAAUGUGAUGAGAGCAAUGCAAAAUUAUUUUUUGAGCAUGUGUGGAAUUCACUGCAGUCAGACUUGUUAUACUCAUUUGAAUUCCAUAUGAAUCCUGAUUAAAAUUAUUAUAUGUAAAGAUAAUAACACAGGAUAUAGCUGUGACAAGUGGACUUCCCUGAUUAUGUAAUAGUCAAAGAGAAGAAAACUGUAGAAUUCAUUUGCAAUAUUUCUGCAGAUCAGUGUGUUUCAAGCCAGAUUGAUGAUUGCAAAUGGGUUUGUGUGCCUUUUUAAAUAAUAGAUCUGUUGUUGUUUUUUAAAAAAUCAUAAUUUGGAAAACCACAAGUUAAAGUUUUUUUAAUGUACAAUACCAGUUAGCCAUUUGGGGGAGGAAAUAAAGGCAUGUGUUAGAAGUUAAAGAUGGUCAAGGGCUGAAUUAGGCUAGGGUAGCAUAACAAACAUGCCUACAGAUGCUGAGAGAAGGGGUGGUGCUAUGAACUUGGCAGCUAGAUGAGUAUAUUGAAUGAGGUUUUGAAGGUGGAGAUGCCAUGAAGACUUAAUCAUUCUAGAAGUGGGGCACAAUUUUGUACGGUUUGUGAAACAUUAAUUCCAGUGAUCUUAUGUGGUCCAACAUAAUGCAUUUAACUGAAUGAUCUUACAGUUAAUUAAAAAGUGAACAACAAUAUUGAGAAUGGCAAUGUGGAAUUCCUUUAGGAUAUAAAUGUUCAUAGUUUUGACUUUUGCAUUUGGUUUCUCCUUUCCAGAGAAUGGCUGGCAAAGCACUGUAGAAGCAUUCCACUUGUGUGAUGGAAACUCGUCACGGAGGCCUCAG